GGCACCCUCCAGAUUUCGCGCGUUUUUAUUUCCCGCCAUUUCGUAUCCUUCACCCUCCCGUCGCCGCCGUCGGAGCUCAACUUCGCCGCGCUCUCUUCGUCUCGCUCCUCCCGAUUGACCGCCUUGAAAUAAGCUAAAUACAGCUCGCGGGCAAAACGAAAACGCACUCGCCAAAAUGUUCGAGGCACGCAUCCUGCAGGGAAACAUCCUGAAGAAGGUUCUCGAGGCGCUCAAGGAUCUCAUAACGGAGGCGUGUUGGGACAUCAGUUCGACCGGCGUGAGCCUGCAGUCCAUGGACUCGUCGCACGUGUCCCUGGUGCAGCUCACCAUGCGCAGCGACGGCUUCGACACCUACAGAUGCGACCGCAACCUCGCCAUGGGCAUCAACCUCACCAGCAUGUCCAAAAUCCUCAAGUGUGCCGGCAACGACGACAUGAUCACCCUGAGGGCCGAGGACAAUGCAGACAUACUCACCCUGGUGUUCGAGGCCCAAAAUCAUGAGAAGGUGUCUGAUUAUGAGAUGAAGUUGAUGGACCUGGAUGUAGAGCAACUGGGAAUUCCCGAACAGGAUUACAGCGCCGUUGUGAAGAUGCCAUCUGGGGAAUUUUCUCGGAUAUGCCGAGAUCUGAGCCAGAUUGGUGACUCCGUUGUCAUCUGCUGCACCAAAGACGGUGUAAAGUUUUCAGCCAGUGGCGAGUUGGGCACUGGCAACAUCAAACUUUCACAGACCAGCGGUGCUGACAAGGAAGAGGAGGCUGUAACGAUAGAAAUGAGUGAAGCCGUGCAGCUGACAUUCGCCCUUCGCUACCUGAACUUCUUCACCAAGGCCACCCCACUGUCACCCACCGUUACACUCCGGAUGUCUGCCGAUGUCCCGCUUGUUGUGGAAUAUGGCAUCGCAGACAUGGGCCACAUCAAGUACUAUCUGGCACCCAAGAUUGAGGAUGAAGAGGCUGCAUAACUUAUCUGUAUGCAGUGUUAAUGCAUUGGCUACUAUAGCCGCUUAUAGUUGAGUGGGCCAUGGGGACUAGAGGGAGAUGCACUUAAUUGAAGGCAUAGAUAAUAUUAAGUUAUUUAACCCGGCAAUUAUUGUAUCUCUGUGCACAAUUGUGUUUUCUUUGAAAAGCCACACACGCAAGGACACGCACAAUUGUCUCUACACCCCCUUUACACUGUCCCAUGGGCUACGUUGUUUAAAAAUACAAUGACAAUGCAAUCUAUUGUCAAAGCAGGAAUGUAUCAUGCUUUGUUGCAUGCUGCAAAAUGUCACCGUUUAAUAGUCCAGCCCUUACUGAUAAAAUAAGAAAAAGGCCACGUCUACACUUUGGGGAAUGUCGAUUUGCCUGGUAUCAAAACCAUAUACAUUUUUUUAGUAAGAUGAAACUUAAUUGUGGAUUUAUUGUGCUCAAUUGUUAAGGUAGUUUUUGGUAAUUCUAGAAAGCUUGUUAGUCUGAAGGUUAUACCUUUAAAUUGUCGACAAAGCGUUGUUAAUAUACACAAAUUAAUAAACUCUGAAAAGUAAGCUUGUAAUUCCCAAAUACUACCUUAUAUUUUUGUAUUACUGUUGUAGACCUGUCGUGUUACAAGGUGAAUAAACUUGUGAACUACAAA